AGUGGAGAAUUGAGUUGAGUUAGAGUUGAGUGUGACCUUUCUUUCUUUCUCUUUCUCUCCUUUCAUUAUCUCUAAUGGCUGCCAUUGUCGCCUCCCUGCAACUGUCCCUAUAUAUUAUUCCCUUAAUUCAAUGCAUCAAUAUCAAAGAGCCCUAAUUAAUUGAAAUCGAGAUUGCUCUUCACUUCAAUCAUAUUCCAAUUUGGAUUUUUAUGUUCUUCCCCAGGAAAUUGCGGGCUGCAAUUCGUCGAAUUCUGGAGAAAAACCCUAGAAAAAAAAAAUUAGGGGUUUCUAAUUUUGGGGCUUGAAAUUAACAGUAGAUCUCCAGAUUUUAUUUUUUGCAAAUUUAUGUCGAGAAGAUAUAAUAUGGUUGGAGAGCAGGGGGUGGAGCCACCGCCGGAGGCGGCGUACGACGGCGGCGGGAUGCUGACGGAGAUCAUGACGUUCAGCUCGCCAUGGCGGAAAGGGGGAGAAGAUGUGUUAGAUGAUCAGAUCCAGGCAAGUUUCCGGCGGUGGUCGCAGAAACAGCAGCUGCAGGUUCCCUUUCAUCGUUCUUCUGAAACUCCUUCACAGUUCACCUGGUUCGUUAAUGGCGGCGGCGGCGGUGGUGAUCCGGUGAGGCAUGGACAAGGUCUUUCGUUGUCACUGUCGUCGUCUUCAAGGGGACUGGAAGGGAACAUGGAGGUGUGCUUCAAUGGCGGACAACUGAUAAGGGGUUCAGAAUCAGACAAUCUUGUUUACAAUCCGUACGUUGAAUCCGCGACGAGAUUGAGGAAUUCGAGGUACUUGAAGGGUGCUCAGGAACUGCUGCAAGAAUUCUGUGGCGUAAUUGAGAAGGAGGUCUCGAAGAAUCCGAGAUUAAUCAGAAACCCUAAUUCCCCAAAUUGGUAUGGAUCAAAGAAUCCCAACCCUUUAUCUUCUUCAGAAAGGGUUAACUACCAAAGAAGAAAAAUUAAGCUCCUGUCAAUGCUUCAAGAGGUGGAUGCAAGAUACUUAAGAUACUGUCAGCAGAUGCAAGAAAUGAUGCAUUCUUUCGAAUCCAUCGCCGGCGGCAUCGCCGCGCCGUACACCGGGCUGGCAAGAAAGGCGAUGUCACGACAUUUCCGAGGAAUUAAGGAUGCAAUAAUGAGGGAGGUUAAGACAUGCGCCGAGGCGCUCGGUGAAAAAGAUCGCGACUUUUUUGGAUUGACAAAAGGAGAGACGCCGCGGCUCAAAACUGUCGAGAAAAAAUUUCGACAGCUUAGAGCCCUUGAGAAUCAAAAUUUGGCAUUGAUAGAGGGCAACGAGGCUUGGAGGCCUCAUCGAGGAUUGCCCGAGAGAUCGGUCGACGUUUUGCGAGCGUGGCUUUUCGAGCAUUUCCUCUCUCCAUAUCCGACUGAAACAGACAAACACGUGCUGUCCCGGCAGACUGGCUUGUCCAAAUAUCAGGUGUCCAAUUGGUUCAUAAAUGCUAGGGUUCGUCUCUGGAAGCCCAUGGUGGAAGAAAUGUACCAGCAGGAGUUGCACGCCGAGGUACAACACAAUGAUGCACAAGAUGAAGACGGACACGGAGACGAAGAAGGGUCUGGUUGCUGUAAUAAUAGUAUUAGUAUUUCUACUGCGGCGGCACACUCUCCAAGUUGUUCUUUAUCAGAACCACCGGAAAAUGACGCUUCAGAAGACGUCAUUUUCAAGCGGGGAAUCCCACCGCCGGUGGCGCGCCGGAGAAGACGGCCGCCGGAGAGUUUUGUGGGGAGUCCCGGGACUCGGGCUCCUGGCGACGUGUCCCUUACUUUGGGCCUCAGGCGUACGGACAAUGUUCCCAGAGUUGGACGGCUCACUAUGUCCGACUUUGCGGCUACUAUGUGAUGAUGAGAGUGGACCGAUAGAUCCAACGCGAUUGACACGACGUCGUAUUGCGGCCAAAAUGUUAAGGGU